AUGGCGCCUUUGAUUACCCUCGCAACAUGCGCGCUGAACCAGUGGAGCUUGGACUUCGCUGGUAACCUGAAGAGGAUCAAACAGAGUAUCAUCAAGGCCAAGGAAGCCGGCGCAACCCUGCGUGUCGGACCAGAGCUCGAGAUUCCGGGCUACGGCUGCCUGGAUCACUUCUUGGAGAACGAAGUUUAUGAGAACUCAUGGGACUCCCUCUAUUCGAUCCUGACAGACCCUGAGUUGCAUGGUAUCAUGAUCGAUGUCGGACUUCCUCUUCUUCACCGGAACUGUAGGUACAAUGCUCGAGCUAUCGUCCUGGACGGCAAGAUUCUGUGCCUGCGGCCCAAGCUCUAUCUCGCGAAUGACGGCAACUUCCGCGAGAUGCGCUUCUUCACGCCGUGGAACAGACCCAGACAUGUUGAGCAGUACUACCUGCCUCCAUUUAUCCAGAAGCACCAAGGCAGUCGUCAUGUUCCUAUUGGUGAUGUUGUUCUUUCCACCAUCGAUACAUGCCUUGCCGCGGAGACCUGUGAGGAGCUGUUUACACCCAACAGCCCUCAUAUCAACAUGGGACUCAACGGUGUAGAGAUUUUUACCAACAGCAGUGGAAGUCAUCAUUCUCUCCGAAAGCUUAAUGAGCGUAUUGCACUGAUCUCAGAGGCUACCCGCAAGAAUGGAGGUAUCUACCUCUACUCAAACCAACUUGGAUGUGAUGGCGAUCGACUAUACUAUGAUGGUUGUGCCAUGAUCUUUGUCAACGGCGACAUCGUUGGUCAGUCGAGUCAGUUCUCUCUCAAUGAGGUUGAAGUCGUGGUUGCGACUGUGGAUCUUGAACAAGUGAGAGCCUUCAGAUUCGCCCCCUCACGUGGAAUGCAGGCAGUUGCAGCCCCAGAAUAUCAACGGAUUGAGGUUGAUUACUCUCUAUCCAGCGACGAUGAAGCAGUCUUGCAGAAGAGAACCCCCGCAAGACUGCCGCGCUAUCAUCUCCCCGAGGAAGAAAUUGCCCUCGGGCCUGCAUGCUGGCUUUGGGAUUACCUCCGACGCUCGAAGGCCGCUGGUUUCUUCGUUCCUCUGUCUGGUGGAAUUGAUAGCUGUGCGACUGCUACCAUCGUGUACUCCAUGUGCCGUCUUGUCAUACAAGCGAUUCAGGAAGGAAAUGGACAGGUCAUUGCAGAUGCGAAGCGCAUUGCUGCUUUCACCUCUGAACUUCCCAAAACGGCCGAAGAGCUGUGCAAUCAGAUCUUCUUCACUUGCUACAUGGGAAUGGAGAAGCAGAGCAGCAAGGAAACAAGAGACCGUGCCAGGGUUCUAUCUGAAAAGAUCGGAUCUUACCAUACUGAUGUGAACAUUGACGAUAUGUUCAACUCCACCAGGAAUAUGCUGACUCAAGCUACCGGUUUUGAGCCCAAAUUCAAAGUUCACGGCGGAACUGCCACGCAAAACCUGGCUCUCCAAAACAUCCAGGCCAGAUCCAGAAUGGUGCUUGCCUACUACUUUGCCCAGGAGCUGUGUGAGGUCAGGAACCGAUCCGGAGGCGGUGGUUUACUGGUCCUUGGAAGCUCUAACGUGGAUGAAUGCCUACGCGGAUACCUAACCAAAUACGAUUGUUCCUCUGCGGAUCUCAACCCCAUUGGAUCUAUCAGUAAGGUUGAUCUGAAGCGGUUCAUUGCCUGGGCUUCGAAGGACUUCGAUCUCCCCAUUCUCCAAGACUUCAUUCAUGCCACACCCACGGCAGAACUUGAGCCCAUCACUUCGGAUUAUACCCAAAGCGAUGAAGUCGACAUGAAGAUGACCUACGCAGAGCUUUCCCGCUUCGGUACAUUGCGGAAGGUAAACCACCUCGGACCUUACGGAAUGUUCCUCCGUCUCCUCGAAGAGUGGGGUGGUGAGAGCAAGCUCGGCCCACGCGAGAUUGGCGAAAAGGUCAAACUGUUCUUCCACUUCUAUCAGAUCAACCGCCAUAAGCAAACAGUUGCUACGCCGUCCUAUCACGCAGAGAGCUAUUCGCCCGACGAUCACCGAUUUGACCUUCGGCCAUUCCUGUACCCACCCGGAUUCGAGAGCUGGUCUUUCAAAAAGAUCGAUGAGCGGGUCGAGGCCCUGGAGAAGAGGAGUAGAAAAGUAGCCUCAAACUAG